AUGAGGGCAGUGUACGUUGAUGAGCGCAUAGUUGCGGAAUCUCCCUUUAACUCGCAGCACACUCAUACGCUCAUUAAUGGGUCUCCAUCCAAUAAUGCGUUCCUGCAUCCUACCCAUCACUAUAAAGCCAGUACCGAGCUCGUUGGUACUGCCACCACUUUGGUAUUCGUUGUCCUGGCCGCCGUCGCCGUCGGUGUUAACUCGGUCGCGAUCGGAGUCGCCGCCCCGGCCACCCUCGUGAAGACGGAAGAGUACGAUGCUCACCCACAGUACAGCUUCAGCUAUGACGUCCAGGACUCGCUGACCGGCGAUAACAAGCAGCAGCACGAAACCCGCGACGGAGAUGUUGUGCAGGGACAGUACUCGCUCGUGGAACCCGAUGGCACCCGUCGCACCGUCGACUACACCGCCGACCCCGUGAACGGAUUCAACGCCGUCGUUAGCAAGACCGCCGAGCAUGCCGUCGUGAAGACCGUCGCCGCCGCCCCCGUCGCCCACGCCGUCGUGGCCCACCACGCCCCGGCCGUCGCCGUGGCCCACGCCCCGCUGGCCUACCAUGCCCCGGCCGCCACCGUCGCCUACCACCAUGCCCCGGCCGUCGCCGUUGCGCACGCUCCGCUGGCCUACCAUGCCCCGGCCACCUACGUCUCGCACGCCCCCACCGUCCUCUCGCACGCCCCCGUCCUCUCGCACGCCCUCUACCACCACUAA